AGAGCGAAAGCAUGGCGAAUGGGGAAAAGACGAAGAACAAACGCGAAAGAUGAGAAGCACGACAACCCCGCGGUUCGUCUUUCGAGGAAAGCUUAGAGGAAUCUCAACCUGAAACGACGCCGCAUUCAUCGCCACCUUCCUUGUUUAUCUUCUCUCCCAGGCUUUCCUGCUCUGCCACCACCCAUACGCAAGCAAGCAGAGCAUGAUUUUGCAUCGAGAGAUCCACUUCUUCAUGGCGUCACUCCCGGGAUUCGCCACUGCCGUCAUCAUCGGGCUCAUGUUCGCCGGAGAAUCGAUUGGGAAGGAUCUCCGGCCAUCAGAACACGGCCUUGAGUUCCAGAAUUCGCCAUCGGCAUGGUUGAAUUAUUCAUCGGAGAUGAGAUCGUUCUUCAAUUCCUCGCAGGCAUCCAAUUCCUCGGAUAUUAUGACGAUGCCGAAGCCCACGAAUUCCAGCGAUUCGUCUCGGUCGUCCUGGUGGAGCAACACCGACGGCGGCGAGAGGAACCAUGUGAGGAAUGCUUUAGUGGUAGCCAGCUUGGUGUGUGGAGUGACAGGUGUCAUUCUAUUAGUGGCUACGGGUUUGCUUUUUCUCUCAAAGCACCGAAAGCAUAAACAUGAAGUAAACGAGUCAUGCAGUGACAAAGACAACGACAAGUUACAGUUAGCGGUGAGGACUGUGGACCCUUGAAUUUGUUUUUGUUUUACUCUUGCAAUUUCCCUUUACUUUGGAUGUAGCAAUUCCACAUUGCAAAGAGUAACAGUGUUUUUCCCCCCGGGCUAAAGAGCAGUAAUAGUGUAAAAUUAACUACGCGUUAUUAAAUAUCAUUAUUGAAAGAUUC